CGUCCUCUUCAUCAUCCACCACACAUGUACUCAUCUUCUUCUAAAUUAUUUUAUUAUCUUUCCUCUUCUUCCUUCUAAUCACCCCGAGACAAUCUGCCCUUCCCAGUAACCAUGGGCGUCGCCGUUCUAAAUCCCCAGGACUGCUUGAAGCAUCCUUUAUCUCACAUGAAACAUCCACGUAACCCCAGCGCGUGCCCCAACAGGCAGAAAAAAACGGUUUCAAACCGCACGCGACGCAGCCCGCCGCGAAAACAAACCUCCCCAUCUCCCCCUGUAGCCCCGCCGCUUCCUAAGGGAACGGUGAAAAUGAGCCCCAACAACAACAACAACAACAACGUAGUCGUUGGUCAGGUUAGAAUCCUGAAGCGCGGCGAGGGGAUCCCCAAGAAGACAGCAGAUCUGGUCGUAGAAAAGACAGAUCUUGUGUCUACUCGUAGGAUCGGACCAGAUCCAGGAUCGAUGCCAAGUCAGAUCCGUUUACCCGCCCGCAAAGCAAAGACCGUCCCGUUUUACGCCGGUCCCGUAACCAUGACAUCACCUCCUCCAAGCGACGUCCCUCUUCCAGCCUUUUUCGCCGCAAAGAAGAGCGUCUCUUUGUUCCAAGCCACCGACGCUACCAACGAAAUCAUCAGGAUGCUCCGCAUAAACAUCGCGUGACCGCGUAUCGCCGAUGUUCCACUGUUAUUCCAUUUCCGGAUCGAAUCUUUCAAAAAAAUCAUCUACAGACGAUGAAAUCGAGAAGGUGAAGAAACAGCAUCUUCAGUUAUGAAACCGUUUCGAAUCUUCCCUUAUUUUUUCAAGGGGCAAGGUCGAAAUAUCUUCUUAACAGGUCUUAGUUUCUCUUCGAGUUUAGUGUUUGUAUAGAGUACUUGUUCAUAGGCUUUCUUUUUUUAAUUGUGUCUUUGGGUAUCUCCUGUGUUAGUUGCCGGUUUACUUUUAGGUUCGUCUUUCUUCUGUUGUGUCUCUUGUUGUUUCUCACCGUAGGCAAAGUAUCAGAGAUAUGUAUGUAUCUUUCUGGCAAUAUGCAGAUUACAGUUUCUGUAUUACUUUGAUCUUUCGAUGUAAGAUCAGUAUUUCCAUCUUUAUAUUAAUCGAAAUUAAGUUUUAUUUGGCUUUUA